AUAGUAGUACAAAGGAAAAUUAAGGGUUAGAGCGGUUUCCGUUAUCCACAAUUUCUCUAUAGCUCUCUCUCUAUAUCUAUUGUUCUCUCUCUCUCUCUACGCUUAUCUCCGAGCAAUUUAGGGUUUUUCGGAUUCGCGAGCAGAUUGACGCAGCCAUGAUUUCUGAUUCGAUCCCCAACGCCUCCAUCGCUAUGGCUUCAUCCAACUCAAAGGAUUUCGCUAAGAAAAAGAGGGCCAACCGCUCGGCGAAAUUGAAGCAGUGCAAACUUGAUGCUCGUCGCGAGCAGUGGCUUUCUCAAGUGAAAAGUAAGGGUGGUCAUAAGGAGGAAGUAAGCGACAGAGGAUCGAUGGUGCAUUUCGGGAGUGAGAGGGGCCGGCAGAUAGAGAAGCUGGAUAUUAAGCCGGGAAUGGAGGAAGAAAUUUAUGGAGAUGGAUUGUUGGUGCAUCAGUACAGCGACUCCGAGUCGCUGCCAUCCAACAGCCCAACCAGCCACUCCAGUAGCAUGUUGGGCAGCAAUGAUUCUGGGGUCAAUUUUAGUACAAGCAGCAGAAGCAACAGCAGCAGCAGUGGUCGAAGCAGUAGCAGUAGCAGUAAUGGUUUCUAUUCAGGGAACAUGAGUGAGGAAGAUGAAGUGGAUGUUGGUGAUGAUGGUUGCUUGGAUGACUGGGAGGCUGUGGCUGAUGCCUUGGCAGCUACCGAGAACAAGCAACCAAAUGAAGAAUAUGGUUCAUCUUCUUCAAUGAAGAAUGAAAAGGCUGUGGAAUCUAGUUCUCAAGUUGACGCAACCAUCAAGCCAUUUGGAAGGGUGGAUGCUUCAGAGAUGAAUGGGGGGAGUAGAGGAACUGAUGGGCUGAGGGCUCCAGUAAAUUGUUGUGCUUGGAAGCCGGAUGAUGCUUACCGUCCUCAGUGCUUACCCAAUUUGUCAAAGCAAUAUAGUUUUCCGUUGAAUUCAGAGCGGCACAUAGUCCGAGGGUCUGUUUGGGGUCAAAAGAAUCUUGGGUCAAUCCCGACAUCUUGUCCAAUAUGCUUUGAGGAUUUUGAUGGCACAGACUCGAGCUUUCUCCCUUGUCCUUGUGGUUUCAGGCUUUGUCUUUUCUGUCACAAAAGGAUCCUCGAGGAAGAUGGGCGCUGUCCUGGCUGCCGGAAGCAGUAUGAGAGUGAGCCUAUUGAAGGAGAGCCAACACUUGAUGGGGGUAGCUUGACUGUUCGAUUGGCUCGUUCUUGUAGCAUGAUAACGAGGUCUUAGAAGAGUCUCUGCCCCAUAAUCUUGUAUGUUGGGUCCCCUCUUGUUUCUCAGUGUGACGUGUGUGUUGUUGCUUGCUGCUAGACCUUUUUUUGCGGCCUUAGAUAUUGUCAUAUAAAUGUGAUUGGAGCACAGGGGAAUUUAUUCAGUUUUUCUAUGAUUUUGGUCCAUAUAAUCUGUAAUGUGCUUUGCUAAUGCUGGAGACUUGUCAUGUGAAUAGAUAAGGGGAUAAGAAAUGGAACAUAUCUAUAUAUCAAUAUAUACAUAUAUAUAUAUAUAACUUUCUGAUUA